UACGAAACGAAUACCGUUGCUCAUUCUCUCUGCCGACUUGAAAAGUAAAACUUGAUGGAGGUCGAUGAAAUUUUUGAUUUGACAGAAGGAAAGGAAAGUGUUUUUUUUUUCCAUGUAAAAAGCGAAAACCAUGGCGGGGGGCCAGACAAGUGAUGUUGAGAGUAUUCUCAAGGCCUACCAGACGGAGUACUGAUUUGCUCGAUGGCUUUUUAUGUCUCGACUUCGAUUUCGAAUCCUAAUCCUUUGGUCACUAGCACGAAAGAGGCAGCAUCGCACCCGCACGUUAAUGCGGAGACUGUGCGAGCGUAGUUUUAGGUUCAUUUAAACACGAGGGCGAAAAAAGGCAAAACAACAAUUAUCAGGUACCCAACAGUCAUCGGAUAUGUAAUGAUGAACUCGGACGGCAUACCGUGCAAAUGGGACACCGAGCACGUGACCUACGACCGCGCUGUCAUGUAUUUACAAUGUAAUUUUUUGCGACUCGAUACUGAUACUCUGGGUCUGGUCGAUACCUGCUUGCUGUGCUAUGUUUUUUUUGUCUAGGCAGGUAAGUGGGUCUAGAAAAAAAAAAUAAAAAAUCAACCGACAGAGAAAAGUCCAACCCGCACAGAGAAAACUUUGCCACACGUAAAAAAUUUCCGUCGUGCAGAGAAAACUCCCCGCGGUGAACAUGGUCGCAGAACCCUCCUACACGCGAGACAGUGGCGCAGCUUAUGCACGCCUACCCUCGCGCGGUCGGCCGGCGUGCGUUUUUAUUGUUUUUGGAAAAAAUCCGCGCCGAGGCCGAGCGGCAUCCGUGGCUGCUUUGCAGCUUCAAUACGUGGGCGCGGAGUUCCUUCACGCCUUUGAAUGAAGCUAGUCCUUGUGGUGCUGUGGAAGGGUUGACCGAGGCGGCGCACGUGCAUCCACAGGGCCGCUAGGGGACGCCGGGGUGUGCAGCCACAAAAGCGCGCGGCGGUGUCUUCAGGCUAUUGGGCGCGCGCGCCCUACAGGCGUGUGGCAGCGAGCGCGCAGGCCCGCGCGUGUGCAAAUUCCUAGCGGGCUGCGUGUGUCCUGCGUGGAGGGCCGGGGCAUCGCCGCUGCCUGCUGGCCAAAAAAAUUAGUCCGCGCGCUUCGCGCGCGGCUUCGGCGGGCAACUUUUUCUGCUGAGGCCCGCCCUCCGUCCGCCGGGCCGGCCUACCCGGCGGGCCCGGGCCCGCCGUGGUUUUUCUUGCCGAUCGAAAAAUCAAACACGAAAAAGCCCCCCCGGAAUCCCCCUGGGGGCGCUUCUCGUUCUCGUCUGGUUUGCAAAAAUUCUUUUUUGGCUCGCGCGCUUUUAUUUUGUUGCUACGGCCCCGCCGGUAAAACGGCAAAAACUGACUGGGAACCGGAUUCGGAGCUGGUAGCUGAGAAAAAAUUCCGCGCGCGCGCGCGCGUUAACAUGGUUUUCGGCUGCUUAGGGGCAGGGCAGGCCCGUCUGUGCUAGGGCAGAGCUUUCCAAGAAUCAAUGCCGGGCCCGGUACAGUGUUUCUCCUUCGACCUCCUGUGGGGUUUUGCCAUUUUUCCGGCGCGCACCGCGCGCCUGGGGAAUCCUUUCCAGGAUUAGAAGUAAUUCGUGGCGCGCAUGCCCCAUGCCCAUGCGCGCUCACACCCCCGCCCUUCAAAGGAAGCAAGAGCGGCUGCUUGUGUCGCCGUGUGCCAUGCGAAAUUUUUCUUCGCGCGCGCUGCGCGCGCGAUGCGGGUACCUUUUUGAGCUAGGGGGCCGGCUAACGGGGACCGGCGGGAUUGCCAUACUCCCUGGCGUUUCUACCUUGACUUCCAGCCAAAUUGCCGGCCCAGGCAUUUCUACCCGGGUUUCCGGUAGGGGUGGUUCAUAUUUUAUCUUUCGAGACCCACUUACGGGGUCGCGCGAUGGGUCCCUGUUGAUGUGCUACAGCCGAUUUUGAUUAGUAUGUAUUUGCGACGAAUGAAUCUUCGUGUCAUUGAUGACGGAUCGCCAAUUGCUAGUACGCAAAUGAUGAAGUAGAAAAUGAAAAAGGAAAAAAUCUCGUUCAGGAUAUCAGCACUGAUGAUGGACUACGUGCAAAACUGUAAGAAGAGCCUCCGAGAAUUGGUACCCGGUCCAGAAUCCGAGCUACAGAAUGUACGGCUCAGAACAUCAGACGGUGUGGAGCUGGUCGCAAUUGCCACGAACGAGUGCCAUACUUUUUUUUUCAUAGCUUAAGCUUUCUACUUCCCCCGCAUUCCUCAUAAUUCCUGGAAGUACUUCAGAGGAGCCGUUUUGUCUAUCACUCAGUGAACCUUGUUAACGCUUGGAAAAAAAAUAACCAGGUAUACCCUGGUAACCAUGCAGAAUUGCACCGGCACGCCGUGGGACUUCGGGGAGGAAGUCGGCGGAGCAGCUGGUGGUGGUGAGGGUUAA